AUGAUUGCUCCAUCCAUUUCAACUAUCAUGUUCUUUUUCUAUACAAUGAUAUUAGAAAAUGACCUUCCUUUCUAGAAUAGCUAAAAUAUUUUAUACUUUAUCAACUAAUUAAAGAGUUUUAUUAUAUAUUAAUUAUUUGAAGAAUGUUCCUUUUAAAAAAAUUAUUACUACAGCCAUUUUAUAUUAUUUUUGCUAUUAGUCAAUGAUUAUUUUAGUUUCUUAAAAAAAAUGUUGAGUGGAAUUUCAAUGAUAGACUCUUUUGUUUUGGAGAUUCCAUUAUAUUAAUUAUUAGUAGGAGAAUUAAAAAUUAUGCUAAUAUUAGUUUAAACAUGUCGAAUAUGUCAAAAUAAUAUCAAAGCUGCUAAGUUAAUGAGUACUAUUAAUUUUGGUUAUCUAUUAUUUUAUUUCUAGGAUCAACUUUGGGAUCUUAAUUUGAAAUUAUCCAUCUAAUUGCAUUUAGAGUUAUUUAAAAUGAAUUCUCUAAACUGUGGUUGUUUAAUGUAUUUACAGGAAUAUUCUUUUUAAUUCCUCUUUCAUAGGUAGGAGUUGUUAAAGAAGAAUAAAUUUUAAAUUCCUUAAUUGGUAAAAAUUUAGAAAAAAAUAGAUUAUAUAAAGACUUUGAAUUUAUUCUCCUUCAUCAAUUAAUCUUGGAUAAGAUUAUGA